CGCUCCAGUUGGCCUCGAUCUGACGUCCACUCUUCCACGUCUCUUCUGUCAGCCUCCUCACAGGUCUCCAGCCUCCUCGAGCAGAUGCACGAAGCCUGGACGGCCAAACUUCCAGUUGCCGGGCGACGAACCAAUUCGUCGGGCUUCAGCCCAAGACCCGACAUCUCCGACAACCCGAUCCGACAGACGGUCGAGGCGUGUCAAGCGUCGCUCCAUUUGCCGGCCACCAGCGCCGAUACAGACUCAUCUGCCCGGCGACUCGGUCCCGGCGAUCCUCAGGCCUGGGUGAAUUCUGCUCUUUUUCACAAUUUCAUCCCGCCGCCCAACAUGAUGCUACUACUGCCCAAACUGAUGAGUAGUCUGCAACAGCAUCAGCACCAACAGGAACAGGAACAACAAGAGGUCGAGUCGUCCUGUGGUCGUCAGGCGGCGCCCUAUUGCGAGGAGAUUGUGGGUCGACAACUCGUGAUGCAGUACUACUCGAUGCUGGGCGCCGCCGAGGUGGGGCACCAGUUCACGCAGUCACUGGGUCUCGGUACAGCUGGCAAGACGACGAAAGAUGCGCCCAAGUGA